GGCAGUGCCGCUGCUGUGAGCUCUCGGUGGCUGUGUUUGGCGAGUGAGCAGCUGCGCUAGUUACCGAGAUGCCCGAGCCGGCCAAGUCCGCCCCCGCGCCCAAGAAGGGCUCCAAGAAGGCGGUGACCAAGACGCAGAAGAAGGGCGACAAGAAGCGCAAGAAGAGCCGCAAGGAGAGCUACUCCAUCUACGUGUACAAGGUGCUGAAGCAGGUGCACCCCGACACGGGCAUCUCGUCCAAGGCCAUGGGCAUCAUGAACUCCUUCGUCAACGACAUCUUCGAGCGCAUCGCGGGCGAGGCGUCGCGCCUGGCGCACUACAACAAGCGCUCCACCAUCACCUCGCGGGAGAUCCAGACCGCCGUGCGCCUGCUGCUGCCCGGCGAGCUGGCCAAGCACGCCGUGUCCGAGGGCACCAAGGCUGUCACCAAGUACACCAGCUCCAAUAACUUGCCUAGCUUCUCCCCCUGACUCCUUUGGGUUCUCCUCUCAAGUAAGAAAACACAGGAAGAUUAAUUUUUUUUUACGUAUCUGACCUCUUCUGCAUUAGUAUUUCACUAAUUGUAAUAAAACCCUAAGUAACUAGACACUGCAUUGACUCUGUGAGCUACUAGAUUAUCAUGUAACUACUAAUUAGGCUCAAAUUGCAGGUUUUCUCAGUCACUCCCUCUCAUUCUUAGAUAAUUACAUGCCAUCAUAGAUGCAGAUCAAAGCCAUUAUCACUUUCAAACUGGAUCAGAAUAAUCCUAAAUUGCAAGUAUAUAUCCUGAACUUCUGAAUAUACUUAAUUCAUACAGGCACCACAGAAUCACAAAACUGAACUUUCUAGUACUGACUUUCAUAUUCUUUGGUAGUACAGGUAACAAGACAGGCAUCAUAAAGCUGUCACCUAUUACCUAAUAAAUGUUAAUUUCAGUUUGAAGGGUUAUAGGGACUUCUCAGAUUGAAUUUCAGAUAUCCAAUGGGAAGAGGCAUUCUCCAAAGUCUACUUUAUCAGUAUGAAAUGGUGUUUUGCUAUCUCUCCAAGUGCUUUAGUGCAAACUCUGCUUAUUCUGAGUGCCUGUAUAUGUCUAAUACCUUAGAAGAUUUACAAAUCGCCGUAUAUCCAGUCUCUAGGCUUUUUCAAGUUUUCCUGGGUCACCAGAAAAGCACAAAGUGCUCAUAUUUUGACAGUUGAAGAUGGUCACCAGAAGAAUUUGUCAGUGGCUAUUCUGUAUAUAAUCAGUCAUGUGAAAAUACCCCAGUUCAAACUAGAGCUAUCAUGGGAAAGCCCUGCUGCCUGAUUUAAAGUAGGAGCUCAGUGGUGUCUUUUGGCUUCCCAGCUCAUAAGUGCUCAUUUUGCUUUUCUUAUGUUUGUGUGCUCCGUGUUGCACACACUUCAUUAGGAGCCGUCACAGAAUUUCGGAGGAUUUUUUAAUAGAUUGUUUCAGUGUGUGAAAUUGUUUCUAGGCCUAUGAAAGUCUUACUAAAAAAAAAACCAAAAUGUUGCUGAUUGCCUCUUUCAAAUUCAGUAUGAAUGAUAAGGCAAUAUUAGGGGGCUGUAAUGUGAACAUAGCAUUUGACAUCAGAUCUGACUGUAACAUAACUCUAAUUUUUCUAACAGUGCUGAGAAUAGUCUCUGAACUGACAAAGAGCUACUGCCACAGAAUUUUUCCCAGAUGACAUUACCCAGUACGAGUAAGAGGGCAUGGUGUUCAAAUGCAUUGUCCUGGUAGAGCAGGUUUUAUUGCUGCUGCUACCAAACCUUGAGGGAACUAAGCAGAUGCCCCCUCAAACAGUUUUCCUGCCCUAGGUUCCUCUUUGAAGGUGAGUUUCCAGUUCACUGAGUAAGUAAAAAAGUUUUUUAUCCAGUGUGCAGAGCAGAUAGAGCUGGGUAUCUCCAAAGAGGAACCCCCUACACCAGAUUGCAACCCCAAUUAUAUCUGUGUCACCCAUAACCCAAUCCCCCAGUCCAGUACCUUAAUUCUUGGUAGUGGUCUCUUGAUGUCAUACUGAUUUUUUUGGUCACUGGGCUGGCCUCCUUUUGAAGAUACUUAAUUCUUGGGAUUUGUUCCUUGGUCCAUCUUCGUUCUGCUUCUGACUUGCCAGUUUCAGCUUGUUCAGCAUGUGUGACACCAGUUUUAUCAAAAAGUUUACACUCUCAUCAGCCCAUGAGCCCUAGGGCUCCAACUUGCUGAUCUUCCAGUGCAAAGCAAAGUUAUUAAUCCUAACAAUUCUCAAUACUGAGAAGUGUUUGAACACAUAAUCUAUAAACAGGCCCUUCAUGUUGUCUUUUAAUCUACCUUCAAUAUUUACCUUCAAAACACCUCUUAAUUCAUAGCAUCUGGAAUAUGGGGAAUUUUACACUUUGUAAUAAAAACAUUUUUGUCAAAAUAUUUUUUUAUAUUAGCAAUUUUUUGUAUCUCAGAUGAUUGGAGUCACAUGACAGCUUAGUAAAUAACCAGCAAAAAAGAACACUGAAGAACAAUACAACCAGUUACAAAAAAUGCCCCAUUUUAUUUUUAAUAGAUUAAUAAAAUUAUUAUCACUCCUGGAAUAAGGUAUAUCUUCUUUAGAUGACCAUGCCUGCAGUAAAAUUUAUGUUUAUUCAUCAUCAUAUUUAAAAAAGAAAACACCUGCUCUUUUAUUUCUGCCGAAGUGAAAUACACCAGCUGGGCAAACAAAUAUCUGUAUUCUCUAGUUAACUGACUGAACAGUGAAUCAGAAAUGAAAAAUAGAUGCUAUACAACUGGAUCAAAAACUGAACAAAUCACAGACUGUAGAAAUAUUUUGCUACUUUUUGAGGUUUUGUGGUUUUUUGGAGAGGUUUUUGUUUUGGUGGAGUGUGUUGAGGUUUUUUGUUUGAGUUUUUAAUAUUUGUUUUGGUUUUGUUAAUGACAUAAACCAGUAUCUGUUCUCAAA